AACUUUGCAAGCAAGCUCUCGUCAGUGUUGCAAUAAAAAAAUAAUUAAUUACCUGCUGAUAUGAUCUAGUGAACUCCGAUUCAUUUCGCAAUAUUUCACAAAUUGUUCACUAAAAUCUCUUUUUAAAUUCUAUUCUGCUUUAAAAUCGUUAAAAAAUAAAUAAUACGUUAUUCUAAAAUCGUUUCGUAGAAAAAAUUACUAAAAAAUAUUCAAAUCGUAGAGAAGUUUGGAAUUUUCAAUCCGAACAAAAAUCGGUCUCUUCCUCUUCCUUUUUGUCAUUGGUUCCCGCAAACGUGUUGUUGUUUGUGUUUGUCUGUCGUGAUCAUUUUUUCAAGUUUCACAAUCACAUUUUUCAUCAAAAGUCUUCUUGAUUUUCAUGAAAAAUAUAUUGAAAAUUCGAUUGAUAAUUCUUCAAAGUAUUCAAAAAUCGCGUUGAUACGUUCGUUUGAAGUGUGCAACAAUUGAAAACCUUACUUUUGUUUAUACGACGAAAGUAGCUCGCAAACCGACUUAUAUAAGUACGAGUAUUUGGAAGCUAAAACGCAGGUACUGAUGUCCUUAUUAUCGUAGCUAAGGUAAAGGUGAUUUUUCAAAGGUCUGAAUACCAGCAAUCUCCGCCCCGUUGUUUAUUUACGUCAUUUUGAAAAGCCCUGGAUGCUGCGCACAAAUCACUGAACGUCGGCAGCCGCGAUUCCAGAAUUCGAUAUAAAAUUCGUCGUCGUUGUGGUAGUUGUAUUUUAUGAAAGCUUUUUCAACGGCGGCGCACGUUUCAUGUUAACAAAAUGUCCGUUAAAGGUACCGUUACCGAAGACAUCGUUUCUAAUACAAUCAAAUCAAGUUUAAAAGAAUUAAAGUCAUUCACCGAACUGUUAAAUGCCGAGUUUACAGAAGAAGGACAUGAUGAAAGUAAUCGCGAGAAAUUUAAAGAGGACAUUUCCAGAGUCUUGGAAAAAUUCGGUUCGGCUGAAGCAAAUCUUCAAAAAACUCUCUCUGCUUUAGCCGCAACGAGGAACGUGGUCGGGAUUGCUGAUGUAGGAGAUGAAGAAGAGCAACUUAAUCCUCAAAAUCUAAUGAAAGAAAUCGACGAAAUUAUCAAUAUAUUCGAGGGAAAAUCGAGAGCACCCGAAGUGGAACCAGCUUUUGAGAAGUUCGACGAAACUCAAAUCGUCAGCCAGUUGGAAAAAGUAGAGGAUAUAUUGAACGAAUAUAACCCGUUGAAAUUCCGCGAUGACGACGAAGACGAUGGCGAAGAUGAUCCGAAUGAACGAGAAGAACAAAGAAUGUCCAAAGUUUUGGAACAGUUUCAGAAGAAAUAUAUGAAGAAACAUGACGAAAGCAUGCUAGCCGAAGACGAUGAAAAUGCGAUGGAAGUUGAUCAAGCUGACGAAGGUAGUACAACCGAGAGCGAAGAUGAAGACGCAGAGAACGCACAAGCUUCCAACAGGCCGAGUACUUCGAAUAUGGGAGCUAAGAAGGCAAUGGAUGAUAAAUUGAAAAAAAUGUGGAAAGAUUACGAAAAGCAGAUAAACGAUGUUCAAUUGAAACCGUUGAAAGAGAUUUAUGACAAGAAAUCAUCGGAGGCUGCACCUAUACCCCUUAGUCAACUUACUCACUAUCCUGCAUUCAGUAAAUCUAUUUUAGAGCUAUUUUCGCAAGAUGACAUCGUCACAUGUGGAGAGAAGCAGAAUUAUAUAGAUCCUUUUUCGAAAAAAGCCAUCCAGAAUCCGAUUCGUAACAAAAUCUGCCAGCAUGUAUACGAAAAAGACACGGUUUGUAAUAUGAUCGCACGUAAGAAAGAAAUGGGCUGUCCGAAUGUCGGUUGUGACGCGAAAUUCACCAUACACGAUUUAGAGGAAGAUGAAGAUUUAACUCAGAAAGUUACCCAAAACAAUGAGAGACAGAGUUGCCAACCAUCUACCAGUGCAAAUGUAAGCAAUGCCGAAUAUUUGGGUGACACCGAUUACGAAUCUGAUUAAAAAGUUUUUUUUUAUUCCUAUCGUCAAAUUUAUAGUUCCAGUAAUUUGUGUGUUUAUUAUUAAUAAUAUUACUAUGGUAAGUUCGUUUUAAAAUUAAGUUAUUCUUAUUAUUGUUUACUAAUUUCAAAAGUAGUAGACUGAAAAAUAUCCGUAAACGAGUUAUUGAAUAAUGUGUUUUCUUUCUAAUUUUUUUUCUUUUUUUACUUUUUUAAUUGUAAUACUUAUUAUGAAUUUAAUUCCUUCUUCGCUCAUGUGAUUUUUUUCGUAAAAUACUCGAGGUGCUCUCGGUGCGAGUGGAUGUGAUUUUUUCGUAUUGUGAAUUUACUUAUAACUAGGACAUAGAUAACUAUGUUUUUUCAUUUUAUUACCUUUUUCAUUAUAUGAAAACAAAUUUGUUUCUUGUUUUGUAUCUGAUUACAUGUAUUUUCAGUUGGA